AUGCCAGUAGUUGUGGACUUUGACCAACAGAUCGGAGAACCACAGCGAGUGCCAGGCAGCGGUUGGGCUGUCCCAUGCGAUGUUGUGGGGUUAACCAUUUUGCCUGUUGAAGAACAGGUGAAGUGCGUAGUGGGUAUCAUGCGGUUAUUCUACAGAGAUGUAGGAGAAAUUGGACAUGCAUUUGGAUUGAAGUUCAUAGAGAGUCCUAAAAUAUUGGCUAUUAAAAUUUUUAAGGCCAUCAACAGAAAUAUACCCUAUCAGCUUAAUAAUAUGUCGAUAAUAUUUUCUUUCUUACUUUGUCAGAUUCUAUGGUGGAAUCUCAAAGCUAUCGUUAUUCCAGUCUUUACUGAAACAGUUAGGUAUUUUUUCCCUGUCCGCUUUCAUCCUUCUGUGAUUGAACUCAGUCAGUUGAGUGAACAUCUCGCGAGUUCAGCUACUAGAGAUGCUCUGAAAUUUCUCGAUGCCCUUCUGGAUGACAGCGAUUGGACCCGUCAUGCGGUGAAACCCGUCGACCCCCGUAUUGGCUAUCUUGAGAGAAUAGCUCGUUUUCUGCACAUGCGACAACCAACAAUCUCGUUUACCUCUCGAAGGUAG